AUGAGCUUGACCAUUUACGAUACGCUUGAAUACGCUGGACUGCGGCUUCUCGACAUAAUAGCCUUUGUACUAAGCAACAUCAUCGUCGCCACCGGCUAUGCAUUUGUCAAUUAUCCAAACGUCUCCACCCUUGUGCUUUCGGUGUUGACAUUGUACGUCUUGUACAAGAUGAUCCGAAGAAUUGUGCGUUUUUGGUUGAACAUGAUGGUCGCCAUGAUAAAGUUCACCGUGAUCGUGCUCUUUUUGACCGUCCUUGCUGCUGUGUACGUGCGUGGCUUCAACAGGUUCUUCACUAAGGAUAUCUACUUCCUUAAGGAACUUUUCACCAGCCAGGCCGAGGCGUCUGAUUUCCUGUUCAAGCAGUAUGCUUAUAAUUUGAUGGACGACGACAGGUUUGAGUUUUUGCACGGCGCCAGGGACUUCUUCGAGGGAAGCAGCUUUCUGAUUGACGAUUCUUACGAAUACGGCGAAACCUACGACCAGUUCAAAAACGUCCUCAACGACGCUAUUGGCGAGGACGGCUUCCAGCAGCUCAACGCCCUCUUCAACAACCGCAACCACUAG